AAAAACUAAAACGAGGUUCAGGGCCACCUAAUUAGAAGAUAAGAGCCUGAAAAGAAAAUGUGCAAGUUUCAUUGAACCUUGAAAAGGGAUCGAGAUGGGGGGAGGGGCGGCGGGGGCACCCGAUUUCUUCUACAAGGAAGCUCAGCGCCUUGGCUAUGUUGCUCGCUCUGCCUUCAAGUUGGUACAGAUACAGAAGCAGCACAAGCUCAUCAAAGCUGGCUCAUCCGUACUGGACCUCGGCUGUGCUCCGGGUGCUUGGCUUCAAGUCGCUUGCCAGAGCCUCGGUCCUCCCAAUCAUGGCGGGUCCGUUCUCGGCAUCGAUCUCAAGAAGGUGAAGGUUCCUCCUCUUCAUUGUGAUUCAAGGGUGAAAACCAUCUCUGCUGACGUCAUGACCCUACCCUCUCACCAACUUAGAGCUCUCUCUCCACAGCAAAAAGGGUUUUCUGUUAUACUUUCGGACAUGUGCCCUUUGGUUUCUGGAAUCACAACUAAAGAUGCAGCUCUGUCAGUGGAGCUAGGGAUGCGAGCAUUGGAUUUGGCUGUUGGCAGAAGAGCUGCAUUGUCAGUUUAUGCUGACGGUGAUGAUAAUCAGGAAGGUGAGCAAAGCCAUGGUGAUCCAUCCACUUUGGCGGAAACUGGAGUGUUGCAAGUUGGUGGGAACCUUCUUAUAAAGCUUUUGGAGAGUGAAGACGCAAAAGAAAUAAGCCAGAUUUCUAAGCCAUUGUUUAGAAAAUCUUCAUGGUUGAGACCUAAAGCCACAAGGCCUUCAUCAAGAGAGAUUUAUUUGAUCUGUCUAGUUUAUAAAAGCAUUGUUCCUCACAAAGAUAUAGAUAAUUACAAGCAUCAAAACACAUAAUUCGUGGGCGGACGCUUUCACUGAUGGGAAAACAUUCCAAAAUCGCAGUGUUUCAUCCCCUGCACCCGUCACUAUUGUCUGCAACACAAUCCAUAAAAAAAAAAAACUUAGAAACCAUGGAAAUUAGAGAAGCAAUUACAGACAAUGCAGUUGCACCAGGUUAACAUUGUUACCUUAGUGCAUCUAGCAAUGGUUAGCAUGUUACAGACUUAUAGAUGAGAAAUGAUGGACACGAAACUUGUGUAGGAAAUAAAACAGAUUCAGUUUUUCAGUUGUUACAUGACUUUUGAUAAAUAGACAGAUGCAGUACCUGUCCA